AUGGGUUCGUGCUUCUCUUCAGAUACCACUGACACUUCCUUCGCUCCCUCCACGGCGAUUGUCAUCUCUGUGAACGGCAAUCUCCGCGAGUAUCCCAUACCCAUCACAGUAUCGCAGGUCCUCGAAAUCGAAACAUCGUCGCCGUCGUGCUUUCUCUGUAACUCCGACAGUCUCGCCUACGACGAUUACAUUCCUGCCCUCAAUUCCUCUGAAGAACUACAGCCUGGUCAGAUCUACUUCGUUCUGCACACCAGUCGUUUGAAGUAUUGCCUCACUGCUCACGAUAUGGCCGCGCUGGCUGUUAAGGCUAGCUCCGCCAUUGCACAGAAUUCCAGGAAGAACGGCCAACGGAACAAGAAAGGACGGCUAUCUCCCGUUUUGGGAGUGAACAAGAAGAGGGUCGGGAAUGAUGAUGGGUUUAAGCCUUCCUAUGAUAACUUAAAUAUCGGGGUUUUGAGAACUGGGUCCAUUAAAAAAUUACAGAGAAAUGCUUCCAAACGAGCCAAGUUUGCUAUUCGAUCGUUUCGAUUGAGAUUGAGCACCAUUUAUGAAGGUUUGGUGGUGGAUUAA